AAGACCAAUACUUCUGAAGACCAAUACUUUCUGAAGACUAGACUUCCAUUCGUAUCUUCGGCUCACCCCUAGAAUUUGCUCCCAGAAAAGCAAAUAUUUGCCUCAGUGCGGAGCAGGAAUGGAGUCUGGGAGAAACACAGAUCCGCAGCAGCAGCAGCAGAGAGGCACCUGGAGCAGCCGUCUGGAGUUUGUUCUGGCGUCCAUCGGCUAUGCCGUGGGCCUGUCCAACGUCUGGAGGUUCCCUUACCUGUGCUACAGGAGUGGGGGAGGUGCAUUCUUCGUCCCCUACUUCAUCAUGGUGUUUCUCUGUGCGCUGCCUAUGGUGUUUCUGGAGUUUUCCAUCGGCCAGCUCACACAGUGUGGGCCUGUUCAGGCUUUUAUGAAAAUAUGCCCAUUGCUCAAAGGCAUCGGGGUGGGCACAGUCGUGGUCUCGUUCAUCUUCAUCGGCUACUUCAACACCCUCAUGAGCUGGAUCCUCUUCUACCUCUUCAGCUCUUUCAGCUCUCCUCUGCCGUGGCAGUCAUGCAACAACACGUGGAACGUUCCGGAAACCUGCUCGCUUGGGUUCACUGUCAACGACACACAGUCGGCCAGUCAGCAGUUCUUUAACCACAGGCUGCUGGAGGUCACUGGGGGAAUUGAACACAUGGGCAACAUACGCUGGGAGCUGCUUGGCUGUCUUCUUCUCGCCUGGGUCAUUGAAUACUUCAGUAUCUUCAAAGGGGUCAAGCUAACUGGCAAGGUGGUGUAUUUCACGGCGCUGUUUCCGUACACCAUCCUCUUCAUCCUGCUGGUUUUCACAACCAGACUGCCGGGGGCCACAGACGGCAUCCUCUUCUUCCUCACGCCUAAGUGGCACAAACUGAAAGAGGUCCAGGUCUGGAUCGAUGCCCUUUCACAAAUCUUCUUCUCCAUCGGUGUGGGGUUUGGAGUCAUGAUCUCAAUGGCCAGCUACAACAACUAUAACUACAACAUCCUCAGAGAUUCUCUCAUCGUGACCAUGGCCAACUCAGUCACCAGUGUGUUUUCUGGUUUUGUGGUCUUUUCUGCGCUUGGAUACAUGGCUCACACGCGCAAUCUGACCAUAGAAGACCUUGCCAUUGGAGGGCCAGGCCUUGCGUUUGUGGUUUAUCCUGAGAUCUUGGCCACCCUGCCCGUUCCCCAGCUAUGGGCUUUUCUCUUCUUCCUCAUGCUGCUCUGCCUGGGAUUGGACAGUCAGUUUGCACACUUAGAGCUGGUGGCCACAUGCGUGGUGGACAAUCUCAGUCCCAAGCUCCCGCCCUCGUUGAGAAGCAAAGAGGUGCUGCUCCUGCUGGUGUGCGUGGCCAGCUUCCUGGUGGGCCUGCCCUGCGUCUUCCAGGGCGGGGUCUACAUGUUUCAGCUGCUGGACCAUUACACUACAGUGGUCUCCGUGCUGGUGAUGGCCGUGUUGGAGAUUGCUGCCAUCAGCUGGAUUUUAGGUCUGAAAAGAUUUUCUCCAAUGCUCGAAAAAACAUUGGGGAAAUCACCAAAUAUCUACUUCAAGAUUUGCUGGUUGGUUAUCACCCCACUUAUGGUCAUGGCUAUAUUGGUCACAAGUAUAGUGCAGCACACUCCUCCUCGCUAUGGGAAGUGGUACCAGUUCCCUGAUUGGUCGAGAGCUGUGGGCUGGAUGUUCACUAUGGGCUCCAUCCUGUGCAUCCCCCUGGGAGCCGCCCAUGAGCUGUACUCCAGGAAGGGCUCACUAAUGGAGAGACUCCGAGCUUCACUAGAACCCAGACUGGAGAUGGAGGUUCUCGGAGCUUCAGGAGAACCCAAAAUGGAGCUGGAGGUUCUCCGAGCUUCAGGAGAACCCAAAAUGGAGCUGGAGGUUCUCAGAGGAUCCCAUCAAGAACAGGAGAUCUGCUUAGGCAGCAGACCUGACCAAGCCUGAUUGACUUUCACAUCUCUCUUUUAUUUAUGCCAAGGAUAUAUGAUAUAAUCUUAAACAUUUGUUUUUUUUUAUUUACAGUAUUUCACUCUGAGAAAGCUGGUCUGCAGUAUUAUUGUUGAACUGUAUUUUUGUUAUGGGAAUAUAUGGGAAAAAAGCAGAGCAAGAAUUCACGGCGACCUCAGGCCUGCGUGUGCUUGUGUGUGUGUGUGUGUGUGUGUGUGUGUGUGUGUGUAGUGUGUCCUGGUC